AAGAAGCCGUAAGCGUUGCCCUUACUUCUCGGACAUCGUUGAUCAACUUUCUGUGUUUCUCUCUCGACACAGUCUAUUCUCCAACCCUAUUGUAGCUUCCAUUGCUGCGAUCGUUCUUUGUCGAGAUUACCCACGAAUCUUAGCUUCGCCCUUACUUGCAUGGCCAUGGUCUCCAUUACGUCGAAAACACCAGUGUCAUCGAAAAAACAGAAAGCCGCUGUCAAGGCCGUGGCUGACAAUACGAAGGAAAACGAUGACGUUAAUACACCAAAGUCGAAAUUAUCCCUCGAUCAGGUUGCUGGCGGCAAAAUCAGUGAAUAUCCCAUCGUAUUCACGAAAGACUCAAAAUAUUUCUUCUCCUGUGUUGGAUCUUGUAUCAAAGUCUUCAGCGUUGCAACGGGUGCCAUUGUGAAGGUUCUUUCUAAAUCACCUGCACUUGGAGGUCACAGCCGCCAAAUUACCGGGAUUAUGUUGAAUCCAAAAAAUCCUCUGCAGUUAUACUCUUGCAGUUUAGACGGCACAAUCAAACUUUGGGAUUUCAGCGAUGAAGUACUACUCAAGACUCUUCAUGUGGAACAUGAAGUUCACCAAAUGGUGAUCUCGCCAAGUAAUCCCGAUCAUGCCUUUAUUGUCGUCAAGAACGACCGUAUCAUAGCGAGCUAUCAUAUUAAAUUCGUUGUCUUUCGAUUCGAUCUUUCAUCAAGCGCUUCUGCGAAGAAUCGGAUGCGCCAGAUUCUGGGUUUGAAGUCUUGCAGCGAUUUGGCGAUUUCGAAGGAUGGGCAGCAUUUGGCUGUAGGUGGCGGAUAUCAAGUGUGUGUAUGGGAAAUCAAUGACGAUGAAGAAGAGGUUGCAUAUUCGCAAAUUCGUCGCUACAACGUUGCCGAACCCGUGACCAGACUCGCAUUCAAUCCUACAAAAUCAUGCUUGGCCGUUGGUGAUAGUCUGGGAAGAAUCACUCUAUUCUUCUGUUUUACACCUGACACUGCGAAGUAUCCAAUUACCACGAUUCUUCACUGGCAUUCAACGGCUGUGGGCGCGCUUACCUUUAUGGGGGACGGCGCUUAUUUGAUGUCUGGUGGUGAAGAAGCUGUGUUGGUAUUAUGGCAGCUGGAGACCACUCACAAGCAGUUCUUACCCCGCAUGGGCGGCGCGAUCCAGUCGAUUUCUAUUUCCCCCGAUCACAAAUACUAUUGUCUUGCUUUGGGUGAUAAUUCCAUUCGACUGGUUAAUUCGAUCUCGCAACAAAUCGAGCAAGUCAUUCAAGGUGUUCAAUACCGAGCUUUGGAUGAGGCUUCGAAGGGCCCCAAAACCGGGCUUGUUGUAGAGCCUCGCAAUCAUCACAUUGUCAUGAAUGGUGUUCCUGGUAACAUACAAGCUUACGAUACGUACGCAGAUCGACACGUUAUGGAUAUGCAAGUUGUGCCAAUGAAUCAAGUGAGCCGUGUUGGUAACUCGGAAAUCGUGCGACCCGAAGUGGAGCAUCUGGCUUUUUCAUCGACCGGCGAAUGGAUGGCUACAGUCGAUAUACGAGAUGAUGCAGAUACGACUCCGGAACGCUAUCUCAAAUUCUGGAAGUUGGAUCCGAAUACCCAGAGCUAUAUUUUGCAUACACGCGUCGACCAUCCACAUACAGAUCGUAUCACGUCAAUCACCUUCAAUCCAGGAAGCUCAUCCCAUGCUCCUAUGGCCGUGACUACUUCGUUGGACAAGUCGUUCAGAGUCUGGUAUUUGUUCUCGAAUGCGGCUCGUACGGACCUUCAACCUACAUGGAUAUGCCGAUCCAAUGGCGUUUACCGAAACUACUCCCCUCGAGUAGCGGCGUUCUCACACGACGGCAGUAUUCUAGCUGUGGCUUUUGAAAACAUCAUUACAUUAUGGGAUCCUUAUCAAAACAUCAUCCAAGGAGUCCUGGUUCCUCCAACCAACGAAACCAUUCAUAACUUGCACUUUUCUGCCGAUAGUCCUUACCUUGUAUCCGUUUCCGAUGAUCAUCUUUCUGUGUGGAAUAUGCUGACUUGUUCAGUAUGGUGGAGUUAUCGGAUGCAAGUUCAGCGAAUCUCGGUCGACCCAUAUUCCACUCAGCUGGCCGUUGUUUGCGGCAGUCAUAAACGUGGCAACUCCUAUAUUGUCGUUUUUGAUUCGGCAUCGCCUGUCCCCCUUUUGAUCCACACCAUGGAUGAUGAGUGCUUAGGUUUGGCCUGGGCACCAAAACGAUCGGCGGACACCUCAUCGGCAAAAACCGGCGAACUGAUUUACUUCAAUCAAAAUCAUGAUUUCGUUAUUCUCUCAGUCGUACCCAGGGAUGCCAAGGUCGUAUCGGAAAUUCAUCAUGCAGUUAGUUCCGUAUCUGAGGCAGCGGAGGCCGACAAAUCAGUGUUCAACGAUAUGUUUGGUGCGAGACGUCAAGAGCGGGAGGAUCAGGCACGAAAGAAUGAACUUAUUGAUAAUCAGACGGCCGCCCGAGACCAAUCGAUGCAAGCUGUUGACGAAGAUGAGACGGAGGACACAACCGAAUCUAUUUUGGAUGCCCCGAGCCACGUAUUGCCGAACCUUGAUGUCACUUUUGAGAGCUUCAUGGCUUCUCUAAUGGACCUUCGUAUCAGCAAGAAAGCUAGUGAAGAAUCCAUGGAAAUUGAUACAUCGACACCGGAAGCUAUCCCACAACAAAAUGCUCCUACUGCCGAUAACAUCACGAUUUUGGAAUCGGCUUCGCAAAGUUUGCCCACUUUAGACGCGUAUUUUGCGGAAGCAAGUCAGAAAUCACAAGUUGUGAACAAAUCCAGCGCAGACAACACCGUCUCGUUAUCAUCGGAUGAAGAUAGCAGUGAUGAUGAUGAAGAAGACCCCGAGCAUAUUGAAUGGUAAAUAGAUGUCACAUUUGCAUAUUUUAACAACCAAAUAAACCUUGAAGCAUCCUCAAUUGUAU